GUAUGCGCCGCCCACUUUUGCUCGCGGUCACAUGACGUCACGUACGUCAGUCGACGUGAACUGCGUGAAGGCUAGUUAUGGCAUCUCCAGGGUAUUUUGGUGAUGGUCCUCCGAUGCGCGAGCGUGACCCCUACUUCACUGAGGUCAUCAGCCAGAGGAUGCGCGUGCCUGAGCGGCUGAGGGUCGGUCCAGCGCCACAUGAGCCUGCAGAGCAAAGACAUGAAGAGCUACCUGCUGCCUACAGCAUGCACAUCCCAGACAGACUGGCCUUAACAGAUGCUCCUGAUUUGAGUCCACGACCUCUCUUCACUAAACACACUUCAUCAAUGUGGGACCUGCAGCAUGGGUCCUGGGACAGGGAGGCGUUCAUGAGAGAGCCUGUCCAGAGUCCACUGCGAAGGUCUUACAGUGACCAGGCCUGUGGUCGAACCCCACCUGGAACCCCCACACACUCCAGACAAACACUCCACUCCCAGUCUCCCCGCAGUAUUGGACGCCCACCUGUCGUGCAUACAGACCCGUCCCCACCAAAGCCCCCAGGACUCCCCUCCAUCCCACCCAACCUGCUGUCCCCACAGAGCAUGCUGCAGGCCGCCAAGGAGCUGGGCCAGCAGGCAUCUCAGAAACUCCUCCAGACCGUCACCAAAAUAUACUCCUCCAGGUUUGGUUACCCAGAAAACCAUCCCUCUCAGGCUGUGGAGGUUCAACCUGAUCAAAGCAGGACAAGUGCCUCGCAGGAGUUCUGGCUCGGUCCUGAAGAGGACACAGGUGCUGCUGUCGAGUUCAUGGUGCUCCGCAGACAGGUGGUGAAGAUGAGCAGGAGGAUAGCAGGGCUGGAGAGACAGAACGCAGAGCACAGACAGACAGAGCUGGUGCUGUUCUCUAUGUUACUGUCUGCCUGUCUGAUCAACGGCUGGCUGUGGAUGCGCAGAUGACGGCUCACACUCCACAACACUGCACUAUACAGACAGCACUACAAGAGCAGCGGAGCUGUUUACUGGGAAGUACAGUACUGCACAUAUUUCUAUAGAGAUUUACGAAAUUUGUUCUAAAAAAUGAUGGUCAAUGGAUGGUUUAGAAACCACUUCUAUAGAAGACUCUGAACCUAGACUCGGAUGUGUCACAUGAUCACGGUAGUGACAUGGGCCACUUUGCGUUACAAGUGAUUUGAGGAACUCAAGCAUGUUUUUCUCCUCGUGAGAGUUUCACUGAUGAUGUCAUUCAGUAAUGCAGUCCCUCUGGCUCUUUUGAUCAGACUAGUAGCUAGUAUUUUGGAUUUGAUUUAUUCUGCAAAUUAAGUAAAUGCCGAGAUUUUCUGCAUGCUUUAUUAUGAAAGUAUAAAUAUGAAUGUUUACUGUAUAUUUCCUUUUUUUCUUCCUGUUAGGCAUUUGAAUAGCCUUCAUCCUUUUUAACUCAUUUCCCCAGCCUGAUGUAUGAUGAAUAUUUAAAAUAAUAAAAAUUGUAAUUAGUCUCAGAUAUCUCUCAAUGUCAACAUUAAAUUAGCAAAAUUUGCAUUCACAUGAUGCCUGACAAAGAACAACUAAACACUGCAAAUGGAUCCGUUUAUUAAAAAAUUAAAUUAACCAAGGAAAAAGUUAUUGAAACCCUUUAGACUAUAAACCAAAUUAAAACUGCAAAGCCUUAUACAAAAUCUGCAUGAAAUAAGAUGGGAAAUAAUGAACAGGAAUACAAUUUAAUUCAAAUUAAUCAUCAUUGUACAGUAAUAACAUUGUCAAGCAGCAACUAGAGUGACAUUUUGUAAAGAAACAAAUACUAGUGAAAUGAACGUAAAAACAUUGAUUGGGACACAAGGGUACAUACUAUACAAAAUAAUACAAAAACACAUUCUCGUAAUUCGUCCUGAGAUGGACCGACACAUUCUUCUUUACAAACUAUGAAGUAUCAAAUGUAGCAAGACCAUCAAGAUUAGUUUAGAUAACAAGACUGAGGCUUCAGGUGGAACAAACUGAUAAACGUGGUAAUGAAAUGUUGACUUGCUUGACCAGAUUAGCCUCAAAAUCACUGACCAGUACAGUUAAACUUUAACUGCAUGUAGACCAAUUUAAAGCAUUACAAUAGGGACCGGUUCAGUUUGCAUUCAGGGAACUGUAUUUGAAAUGUAAUGCGCUUGUUUAUCAGUAUUUUGUACCACCUUUGUCUCAGUCCACUUUGGUCCAUUGUCUUUGUCAUUGCCCAAAUUAGAUUAGUGCUCUUCAAACUUGCUGAAACUGUCCGAAAUACACAGCUGUUGAGCAUUGACAAUGGGUGACCUAACAAUUUCAGAUCUUAUCUAAAAAAGAAAGACAGGAAGGAAGAAAAAAGAACUAGUUUCUAUCUCUCGAGUGAAUGAGAAAAGACCGAUUGUGUACAAAAUGUCAAGUACCGACGCACACAAUGUGCUUAACUGAGACUGUGCUCAAAUACUUGAUUACUUGCAAAUGAAUUUGGUCCAAGUUUCCAAAAAAGAAAUAAAAUGUUAUGAAAUAAAAUAUUUAAAUAUAUUUUUACUUUUAGAAUUGUAUAUGGUUGUCUCUUAACCAAAAACUGAACUAUAACUAUGAAACUGCUAUGUUGGAUAUUUCUUUAGCCCUGUAUUUUUGAAAUCAUCAUAUAAUGGCUCCACAUUAGUCACAUGGCAUUUAGGGCUCAGAUGAUUGGCUCAAAACAAGACAUUUCCUGCACCAGCUGACCCCUUAAAGGUAUAGUUCACCCAAAAAUGAAAAUCCUGUCAUUAAUUAAUCAUCCUCAUGUCGUUCCA